UGCAGUGUAUUUGUUUUGGGCGGAUGUGUCCUGUGUCCUCCUCUUCCUGGUCCGGCUUCUCCUCCAAAAGCGGCUUCUUGGGAAACUCGUUUCUUUCUCGGAGGUUUUUGGAGGAAAAGGAGAAACGUCUGAGGCGGAGUUCUUGGGUUUAAGUUUUCCAGGCGGUAAGCUCCAGGCAGAUGUUUCAACUCGUGCAGUAGACUCUAGAAUUUCCCACCAUUUCAGGCUGGUAUUGUCUAAGGAUGAAAAUGGAGACCCGAGAAGACCUUACAAGUCAUAUACCAAAGCAGUUGUCACGGGAAGUGAGAGGGAGCUGCCAUGUUGGGACGAUGGAGGCAUUCUUGCAAAGCACACCAAAGGAGGUGAAACAGGAACCUGACAAAGACUCGCUUCAGCAGUGGGAAACCCAAUGGCAGGAGUUCCUGAAGAGCGUGGAAGGCCCUCACCCAAACUGGGGCCCCUCUCAGUCGAGGGAGGAGCCGUGGGACGACGCCAAAGCUUUCCUGGCCUCCUUUGAGCAAGUGGCCCAAGCCUGCCGGUGGCCCAAGGAAGAGUGGGUGCCCCGGCUCCUGCCAGCAUUGAGCGGAGAGGCCAAGCGGGCCUUCACUGGCCUGGAGGCCGAAGGCAGGGAGGAUUAUGGGAAAGUGAAGGCCGCUAUCUUGCACGGAGAUGCCAUGUGGAGGGAGGAGCAGCGGCAGUGUUUCCGGCGUUUCCGCUACCGGGAGGCUGAGGGUCCGAGAGGGGCUUACGGCCAGCUUCAGGAACUGUGUUGCCAGUGGCUGAAAGCUGAAAGGCAUUCGAAGGAGCAGAUCUUGGAGUUUCUGGUCUUGGAGCAGUUCUUGGCCGUCCUGCCUCCAGAGAUAGAGGCCUGGGUCAAGGGAUGUGGUCCAGAGACUUGCUCCCAGGCCGUGGCCUUGGCAGAGGACUUCCUCCAGAGGCAGGGAGAGGCCAAGAUGCAGGCGAACCAGGUGCCGUUAGAGGAAGAGGAGACGGUGGGUUCCCCUGAAGGUGUCCAAGCCCUGCCUGAGAUGGAGCAGAAGGAGUUUAGUGUGGAGACCAAAGAGGAAGAUGACGAUGGGGAUACUGGACCAUUGGGUACAAAGAACGGCGAUGAAAGGAAAAGUGAGAAUGAGAGGCAACCAGGUGAGGAUUCCCCAGAAAGAACAGAGUGUGAAGCAUUGAAGGAGAAUUUUUGGAGCCAAGACGGAAGUCUCACAGAAGAGCCGGAAGAAAAGUCCUUCCCCUUUCAGGUGGGAGACUCCCACGAAAUCUCAAUCCAGCAGGAAAGUGAAGAAGAAAAAAAGGGGACCGCUUUCUCCAGUGUUCGUAGUAGGAGAAAGUGUAUGAAUUCGAAACUUGGUGAGAUGAACCAUCCAAGGAUCCCAAAAGGGAAGAAGAAGAGGGCCCAUCUUAAGUCACACCAGAUAAUCCACACAGGGGAGAAGCCGUAUCAGUGCUUGGAGUGUGGGAAAUGCUUUGGUCAGAAGGCCAAUCUCCAUAAACACCAGAAAAUUCACACUGGGGAGAAGCCGUAUCAGUGCUUGGAGUGUGGGAAAUGCUUUGGUUGGAGUUCACACCUUACUUCCCAUAAGAGAAUCCACACUGGGGAGAAGCCGUAUCAGUGCUUGGAGUGUGGGAAAUGCUUUGGUCAGAGUGCCCAUCUCAAGAAACACCAGACGAUUCACACUGCAGAGAAGCCGCAUCAGUGCUUGGAGUGUGGGAAAUGCUUUGGUCAGAAGGCCAAUCUCCAUAAACACCAGAAGAUUCACACUGAGGAGAAGCCCUAUAAAUGUCUAGAGUGUGGAAAGAGUUUCAUUGACCAGUCCACCUUUGUCAGACAUAAGAGAAUCCACACCAGAGAGAAGCCCUAUCAGUGCUUGGAGUGUGGGAAAUGCUUUGGUCGGAGUGAGUAUCUCAAGAAACACCAGAACAUUCACACUGGGGAGAAGCUUUAGAAAUGUACAGAAUGCAAUAAGAGUUUCAGCAACGGGUCGACCUUUGUCAGACAUAAGAGAAUCCACACCAGAGGGAAACCGUACUCCUAAUCAGAUUGCGGGAAGGGCUUUAGCGAAACUACUAGCCUAACUUUACAUCAGAGAAUCCAUGGAGAGAGAAUAUGCCAGACAAAAAUCAACAUUUGCUGGAUGCUGGCAUGGCUGUGUUAGUCCUUUCAAUGAAUGGAACGGACAGUCUAGUGGCAUCUUAAAAAGGAACACCCUAUACCAGCCAUCCUCAAACCUUUUAAGCAGAGGGCCAGUUCAUGGUCCCUCAGAGUGUUGGGAGGCUGCAACUACAUUGGAUUCACAAACAACAGUUAGAUUGGCUAACAAACGAACGAAGGGAGAGGUUACAUUUUCCCUCAGCAUUCACACACAGGUACAUGUAUCCAUCUUCAUGCAUACAAACCUUACAAUCUCUUUUCUCCCUCCUUGGAGAAGCACCUGCUUAGGCCAGGCCCUGCUUUUCCUGCAGCUGCCAGCACAAAACUCCAAAAUGGAUCUUUUUUCCCUAAGAACAAUGCCAAGGAUCAGACCCCUAUUUCCAUACAGCAGAACUGACUCUCUGCAACGCAUAUCGUGACUCCAGAAUGCACUCCUUCCUCUUCCCAUGAGAAAAGGAGGCCCCAAAAGGGACCAGACUGCUUCCCUGGAAAUCUGCCACUUUCCCAUCAUCUCCACUGAGCAUGGCGAGUGAACAGCGUUGCUGUCUGUCACACUUUCUGGAUCGUCAUAAGGUCACCUAUAUAGCAAUAUUUUGCUGAUGUUGUCCUAAGGUUGUAAAUGAAUGAUCGACAUCUUC